CGGUUAAGGGAAAUCAAUUUCAGAAGAAAAACACCAUCCCCAACGCACCAGCACUAGGUUGAAGCUCAGCGAGGAACAAAAAGGGCCAGAGCUACACCAGACCAAAGAGAAACUCAAGAGAAUACGUCGCUGAAGCCGGGAGAUGUCUGGAAUACACAGGAGGUUGACAGUGGUGGUGGUGACGGUGGUGGUGGUGAGUGUGGGGGUCUUGGGGGGGCUGGCGAGCUGCUCCCCGGUGGCGGGGCCCAUCGAACCCAUCCGCUGCUCCGCCUGCACCCCGGAGAAGCUCAGCCAGUGCCCCGCCGUCGCCCCGGACUGCGGGCAGAUGCUGCGGGAGCCCGGCUGCGGCUGCUGCAUGGCCUGUGCCCUGGAGACGGGCUCGUCCUGCGGGGUCCACACGGCCCACUGCGGCCAGGGCCUCCGCUGCACCGCCGGGCCCGGGGAGGCCAGGCCACUCCACGCCCUCAUCAGGGGACAGGGCGUCUGCACCCAGGAGCCCGGGACAGAGGACGUGGGCGGCCUCCCGGACCACGGCUCCCUGCACUAUCUGUUAGGGUUCAACGGCCCCCUGGAGCCCAGGGACGCAGCGGAGGCCCAGGAGACAAUCAAAGCCAAGGUCAACUCCAUCCUGAAGAAACUGGUGCAGCAGGGUCCUUGUCACAUUGAACUGCACGACGCGCUGGAUGGCAUCGCGAGCUCCCAGCAGGCACUAGGAGACAAGUUCACAACAUUCUACCUCCCCAACUGUGACAAGUACGGCUACUACAAAGCCAAGCAGUGUGAGUCCUCCUUGAAUGAUCCUCCGGCUCGCUGCUGGUGCGUCUCUUCCUGGAAUGGGAAGAGGAUUCCGGGAUCAAAUGACCUGCCCACGGACUCAGAGUGCAAUCAGGAGCUUACACACUGAGAGCAUGGACAUGGAAAUACAAACGGUGUGCGUGCAAACACACAAGCACACACGCACACACACAAACAUGCAAGCGCUCACAUGCACACACACAAAUACA